UACUGUCAUUUAUUUUCAUAUAAAUGUUAUUACAAAAAAUUUCGUUAUUAAAAUGGAUAUAUUAAGUAAAUGUGGUGUUAAAUUAUCAGACGAUGAAGAAACACCUCACGUUUUAACUCAAGAGCAAUCAUUGGUUAUAAGAGACAUCGAAAAGUGUUUAAAUCAAGGAAUAAAAGAAGAUAACCUCAAAAUUUUUCUCAACACUUUGAAGGAAUUAUUUGAUGACCGCCAAAAUUUUAAAUUGGGUUUAUUACCGACUAUUUUAAGAAAAAACGAUGUCGGUGAUAUCAAUCAAGAUAGUUUAAUAAGGAUGUUAUUAACCAUAGAUGAUUUACAAUGCGAUAUUAUUAAAAAACUUUUGGAUGAGAUAACCCGUUGCGCCCCCGAAAACACCAACGAAAGCGCUUUAUUUCUACGAUUGUGUUUAAGCGCUUUAUCAAACUUACCUUACAUUAAACAAAGCGUUAAAAUAAAAUUAAUUAAAAUCGUUGAUGUUUUAGAUAUUGCCACUUUUGAGAAUCGAUUAGAAAUGUUAAAUGCAAUUCCGUAUAUAAUUCCUGAUUCACAAUCAGAUGUGGCAGGUAAAGAAAUUUCAAAACUAUUAAGAGAAGAUUUUAGUUUGGCAGCUGCAAUAAUCGAUUGUUUGAACGCUUUAAAUUUAUCUGUUGAGUCUAAAAUGGAAAUUGAAGACAUUUUGAUUGAGUUUUUAAACGAUUCAAACGCGAUUAAAUUUUUCGCCGUUUUAUACGAAUUUUUGGUUAAUAAUACUCCGAAAGUUGGGUUAUUUGGAGUUUUAGAAAAAUGUAGAAAUGCUUUAAGUGAUGUUUUGUUAUUUGAAGAAGCUGGGGAAUCCCAUAAAGUUAUUAUUUUCAUGAAAAUUGGGUAUUCGAUGUUGAUUAAGGACGUCCAAGACAUGUAUUUGAUGUUUUAUGGGAAAAUCAAAGAAUUUAAAUCGAUCGAUAUCUUAUUUUUGAUUUUGUUGCAUUCGUUUAGUGAUAAUAAAAAGGUUGAGGUUAUGUUUAAGAGGCUUGUUAAAGAGGAUUCUUUGAGAAUAAAUCAUUUGGAGGAGUUUUAUGGGAAAUAUUUGGAUAAAUUCAUCGUGGAGAAUUAUUUAAAUUCGAUUAAAUCUUUGUGUUCUUGCUUAAUUUGUGAUAAAAAAACGGUGGAUUUUUGUGGGGGCAUGUUUAAAUUGACUUUUGAUAAUGAAAAUUUAAAUUUUAAUCAGCGCAGGGGGAUUGUGGAGACUUUAAUUAUGUUAAUGGGGGCUUAUGGGGUCAAAAAUGUUACUGAGACUUUGAAAAUUUUGUUGAUUUUGUCGGAAAAUGUGACCAAAAUGAAACAAAACGCGCAUCAAAUGAUGUUAUUGUUGGAAUAUUUCGAUAUUUAUGGUGUUAAUGACGCGAAAAUCGUUUUUGAUAUACUUUUUUCGUUGGUUUGUGGUGAUGAGAAUUAUUCUGGGAUUAAAAAUGAGUUGCAUAUUAUAAUUAGGAAGGAGUUGACUUCAUUGAAGACUUCAAUGAAGCAAUUUGGGUUAAUUGGGGCUGUGUUUAUGAUUAAGCACGUUUUGAUUUUGAUUAAAGAUGAGGGUGAGAUGGAGAAUUUGUCGAGGGAAUGUAAGGAAUGUGUUAAAUUGUUUAAUUUGGCCCAAAAUGCGUGCGAGGAUUCCCCGAGUUUAACCGCGCUAUUUUACGACCAAUUAGCUGAUGUUAUUAUAUUGAAUGAGUUAAAUAAGAACUUUUUGAAGUGGUUAAAUGAAAAAAUAACCGCGGAUUUCCAAAAUAAGUAUUUAUCUGAUUCAAUUCCGAAAUCGACGAACUCAAACGUCGAUUUUAUUGCGUCAUUUUCUUUAAAUGGGGUUGAUGAGGUUGAUUCAGAAAUUUACGUCAACAUCGCUGAAUUAACGACGAAUCAAAAUAACGAAAUCGAAAUUUUAGCCCCUUUUUUCCGCCUGGUGCGGGUUUUACACUACAUCGAAAAUAACGGUGAUUUAACACCGAUUAACGCCGUGUUAGGAUGCGGGGUAAUUUUGCCCCAAUUCGAAGACAUCCUCUGUUACUCAAUGGAUGAUUUAAAAUUCGUCGCGGAUUGCUUAUUUCAUUGCACCAGUUGGUUUCGGGAGGUAAUCAGCGCUUUCGUUGCGCAAAAGGCGAAAAAUAUUCGAAGGAAAGUGUUGGAGCGUUUAAAGAAUUUGAUCGAAAUCGAAAAUGUGUUAAGCUCCGUUAUGAAACAAAUCCCGCAUCACAAAUUACCUGGGGGUUUAGAAUCUGAGGGGGAUCCCAAAAAGAUAAAAAAACCAGCGAAAAGGCCCAAAUUAGAUACAACCACGUCGAGUGUAACAACGAAUGUUACGAAAUCGAAGAAAAAUGUUAAUGUUGUUUAUAAUUUCCGCGAAAUGGACGCGAGCGUUAUGAUCCUCCUAAAAUAUCCGCUUAAAUUAGAAACGGGCGAUCUCGAAGAAUUAUCCCAAUUAACUCAAGAAACAACAAUCGAUUUGUAUUCGUUUGAUUUCCUCGUUAAAGAUUUAGCCAAAAAAUUAGAAACAAUUUCAAAACACAACAUCAAACCCCAAAACUCAAUCACCUCAUCAAUAAAACCCAUCGAAAUAAUAACCGACUGCAUCAGAUUAUUACCAAAAAUUCUUAACAAAUUCAACGUAAUCCAUAACAGAUUAACAAUAACCUUAGAAGAAAACAAUUUCAUUUUCGACCACCAAAAACUCUUCACCCCCGAAAUCAACGAGUUAAAAUCAACGAUUACAUCGAAUCUAAAAUGUUUACACUUAAUUUUUGAUUGGAACGGAUUUAAGAACCCAAAAAAUCUGAAAUUAUUAAAAGAAGCGAUAAAUAACGUAUUAAUAAAAAAGGAUUCGAAAAAAUUGCAAUCAUUGAACCAAUUAAGCCUCGAUUUAACAAACGAAUUAGUUAAUUACUCAAAUAAUUCGUUAAAUUUAACCUCCGCCGUUUAUUUAAUUAAAAUCGUCGAUAAUUUGCAUCAAAUAACAUCAAAUUGUGAAAUCAACAAAAAAAUAAUUUCGAUGAGUCUAAAUUUAUUAUCGAGACCUUGGUACGAUUCAAAAUUAAGCUUGGAAAUUGGAAAAGAGCACUAUUUACAAUUAGAUUAUUUGAUUAAUAAUUAUUUAAGAGGGGCGAACGUAAAAACUUUGGGGGGGUUAAUUUCAACGCUACAAGAACAAGUUAAUUCGUUAAAAUCGAAGGAGGAUAAUUUAGAAAUGUUGAAAGCGGUGACUAAGUCGAGUUUUCACGUUUUAUACCGACGAUUUUGUACGAGUUUAUUAGAAAAAAUUAAAAUUGAAAUUAUUUCAUUAACAAACAACGAACAUUUAAUGUUAUGGAAAACCACCGCUUUAAGUCUUCAAGGUUUAAUGGCAAUCGUAAAAGUACAAGAAUCCCACUCGAAUUUAAUCCACUUCUUGAAGCAAUCAAUCGGAGUCUUUAAAAUAUUUUUAUCGCAAGGAAUACCCAUCAUGGAAAUACUUCUAAGAAAUAAAACCGAUCAAGUUAUCGAAAUUUUAAAAACUUUACAACUAACGGUACGGUUUUUGCAUCAUUUGUGUUGCCACUCGAAAAUAACUAAAGAUAUCUCCUUAAUUGCUCACGUUCCUCGAUGUCGAUUAACUUUGGAGACUUUUGUGUUUCGCGUAAAAGCCAUGUUGGUUGCGAACGAUUGUUCAGCGGCGUUUUGGAUGGGGAAUUUAAAAAACCGGGAUUUACACGGUGAAGAAAUUUUGUCACAAAACUCAAUUAGUACGGAUCAAAAUGUUAAUGAUGAAGAUGAAGAAUUACCACCCGAUGAAGAUGAUUCUGAUGUUGAUGGAAGUGAGGUUGAAGAAAGAAGUGCAAGCGAAAUCUUCGAUUAAGUUGUUGCAUUAAUUAAGAUUCAUUAAAAACAAAUUAAUUUAAGUUUAAUAAAAGUUUUUUAAAAAUUAA